UUAUCCCUGCGGCGCAAUCAAAAGUUCAACUUCAAGUUCGAACUGUAAAUUACAGUUAGUCCGCCUUCCGUUUAUUGUACAAAUUCCAAUUUGUGUGUUCGUUUUUGUUUUUAAAGAUCUAAGGUAGCUCCAAGAUGGAACGAUACAAUCGCGCUUGGAGAGAUCCCGGCUCCCCGCUGACGCCAUUGACUCCGCUGUCCACACAGGUCUUCAAGUUUGAGACCACUGACGGGCAGACGCCCACCGGCGAUGACACCACGGGCCGGAGCACCCAUCGCAGGCUGAAGCCUAGUCGCCUAAGUGUGCCACAAGGACAUUCAUCCAGUCAUUCGAGUGGUGGGCCAACACGUUUUUCGCAGUCAUUUUUGCGCACGCGAUCUGUUUUCUCGCCCAAUAUGAGGAGCACAACAAACGGCAGCUCUUAUGCGGACGGAGGAACACCCCGUAGUUUCAGUACCAGCAGGAGUAACUCGAUAUCGAAUAACUCAACUCACAAGGUUAAGCGAGAACCCGGCUUGAGUGACAGCACCUAUUCGCGGUUCAAGCACGGCUCCCCGGUGGAGCAUCCUACGCUUAGUCCGCGGGUGCGCUCGCUUCUGAACCGCACUGGCAACGAGCACCUCACGGAGAUGUUCACGCGCCAGGAAAUCGACAUAGAAGUUCUCAUCCAAAUGACACUUGAAGAUCUUGAGGCUCUCGGUGUGAGGGGUGCCCGGGAAUUGAAAAUAGCUAUGGAGGUGAUCAAAUUUGCCAAGAAAUUCUUUCGUUAACUUUUUACGUGGCGUACAUUUAGUCAAUUUUUUAUUUUUGUGUUCUAUGUCAAUUUUACUUGCAUUAUAAAUGUGUACUUUUAAUAAAUUUUCAAUGUAAUGCCCUCUG